GUAAAUCUUUCGUUUCUGACCGGGAACGCGAAGAAUGAGAGCAACAGCUCCCGAUGCUGCCCAGUGGUUAUCGCAAGCGCUCCCAGCGUCGCUACUCUGCACUCUAUUGACCCCGCAGGCGCCCGAAACCGACACACUACCCCCCUCGUGAUUAGUUCCAGAACCCUGCGAUGUCAGCCGCCGCUGGGCGUUCCACGAUUCGCGCUCCGCGCACGUCCCCGGUCCCGGCUUCAACGAGACCCCCGCACCUCCAUUCACGAUGACCGCUCCGGUGACCUUUUUCUUUUCUUUUCUUGCUGCAUGGGGAGUGGAUUACCAUCUUUCGUGUGCUGCGCGCGCGGUGUGGGUGCGUAGGAUUGGGUUGGGCCAGAAACGAUAUGCCUGCAAAUGGAAAAUAGAAGGGGCCGGAGGCCGCAGUGUGGACUGGUCGUUUCGGCGGCCUGCCCGCAUGCCUCGAUCCAAUCAACAUGGUGCCACCUUUCGUUCGAUACGGAGGCUUUGCAGCGGGGGGAGGAGCGGCAGCACCUGCUCGUGCGCGUCCUGAUACGGUCGAAGCCAGCCAGAGAUAAGCGGUCGAGUGGCACCUCGGAAUCGUCGCCCAGCGUGCAAUGGGAUGGAUGUAGACUCCCCGUCUUGCAACACCCCAUCCAGUCUCAUAACAUUCUCACGAUAAGAAAACAGCGCGGCAGAAACAUCUCGGGGUCUCCCCCCUCCUCCACCAGUCGUCAGACAGGACUGCGACGCUGUAGACCCGCGUCAGCCGCGAACUUGCCGGAUUCGGUCGCGCAGCCUGCGGAAGUCAGUCGACUGCACCGUUCUCAGGGCUUCAAAGUCAUAAUACCGCCUGGAUGGUGUACAGCACUGAUCCUGCUGUCUCUCCACAGCCUUGCAACACGUUUCUUUCCAAUUCAAAAUUUCCCGAUAUCUCGC